AUGCCCGAAGAAUCAAUUAAAAUAGAAGAUUUAAAGUUGGAAGAGAAACCACAAGAAAUCGACGAUGAGGAAAUAAAUGGAGAGGAAGCUAAUGAAGAAUCAACAACCUCCUCAACAGAUAAGAAAAAGAAGAAGAAGAAAAAUAAUAAGAAAAAAAAAUUGGUAUCAAUCGAUCAAUCUUACCCCGAUGGUAUAUUCCCAGAAGGUGAAUGGAUGGAAUAUCCAUUAGAAAUUAAUUCAUAUCGUACAACAUCCGAAGAAAAAAGAUAUUUGGAUCGUCAAAUGAAUAAUAAAUGGGAAGAUUUUAGAAAAGGAGCUGAAAUUCAUAGAAGAGUACGUAAAAAAGCUCAAAGUUCUAUCAAACCAGGGAUGAAAAUGACUGAGAUUGCAGAUUUAAUUGAAAAUUCAAUACGUACAUAUUCAAAUAAUGAUCAUCCUUAUAAACAAGGUAUUGGGUUCCCUACUGGUUUAUCAUUAAAUCAUGUUGCUGCUCAUUAUACACCAAAUACAGGUGACAAACUAGUAUUAGGUAAAGAUGAUAUAAUGAAAGUUGAUAUUGGAGUGCACGUUAAUGGUAGAAUUUGUGAUGCAGCAUUUACAAUGACAUUUAAUGAAGAUGGUAAAUAUGAUAAAAUUAUGGAGGCAGUUAAAGAAGCUACCUAUACAGGUAUAAAAGAAGCAGGUAUAGAUGUUAGAUUAAAUGAUAUUGGAGCUGCUGUUCAAGAAGUUAUGGAAAGUUAUGAAAUGGAAGAAAAUGGAAAAAUAUUACCAAUUAAAUGUAUUAAAAAUUUAAAUGGUCAUAAUAUUGGUGAUUAUAUUAUACAUUCAGGAAAGACAGUACCGAUUAUUGCAAAUGGAGAUAUGACAAAGAUGGAAGAAGGUGAAACUUUUGCAAUUGAAACAUUUGGAUCAACAGGUAAUGGUUAUGUUUUACCAGAAGGUGAAGUAUCACAUUAUGCAAUGAAUUCAAAUAUCGAUGAUAUAAAAGUACCUGAAAGAGCUAAAUCAUUAUUAAAUACAAUUAAAUCAACAUUUGGAACAUUACCAUGGUGUAGAAGAUAUUUAGAAAAAACAGGAGAAGAAAAAUAUUUAUUUGCAUUAAAUCAAUUAGUUAGAGCAGGAAUAGUUGAAGAUUAUCCACCAAUUGUUGAUAAAAAAGGAAGUUAUACAGCACAAUAUGAACAUACAAUAUUAUUACAUCCACAUAAAAAAGAAGUUGUUACAAAAGGUGAUGAUUAUUAA